GCCAGCCUCACCCCAAGAGACCAUGCGGCUGCUCCCCGGGCUCUUGCUGGCCGCUGCCUUGAGCCUGGAGCUGGCCGGAGCCUUGAAUUGUCACCAGUGCAAGGGCUUCGGAGGGUGCCACCACGCGGCCAGAUGCCCCCGGGGCUCCAACUACUGCGUCAGCAUUGGCACCCGAGACCCCUUCAGCGUCAUUGACCUGCCUCUGGUGACCAAAUCGUGCUACAGCAACUGCCCGGACAUCCUCAGCCUGGGCCUGGGCCCCAACGUGUCCAUCGUCUGCUGCCAGUACAACCUCUGCAACAUCGACUGACCCCCCCCCCCGGCUCUCCCCCCACCCCCCGCGCUGUCCCCCCUCACGGAGCUAAGACAGCGCCCGAGCCCCAGGCCGACGCUGCUCCCCAGGCAGCUGAGCCGUGGCACCAGGGCCGGGGAGGGGGGUGGCGGGUGGCGGCGCGCUCGAGGAGGAGCCCGGGGCAGAGCAGGAGCGCGCGGAAGAACUAGAGGCGGCCCUGGGUGGGUCGGGGGAGGGGGAGAGGCAUUUGGCGGAGCCGGAAAGGGGAGGAUGGAAGGAACAGAGCAGGCAGGUGAGAGGGUGAGGCUGGGGACGGCCCCGCCCCCGCCCCCCGCACAGGUGCACGGGCGCCCCCGCCCCAGCACCCCCGGGGAACUUUUAAUCAUGGCUCCAGCCAGCCUCCAGCUGCGAAGUGGACCAAGAGCCCCCCAACCAGGGGGCAUGGCUCCUCCCCACCACAUGACCCCCAGGCACAGCGCCCAGGCCUUUCCUUGUCCUUACCCUGGCCACGCUCUCAUGAAAGAAAACGUGGAAGAGCCAAUGCGGUGGUGCAGCCGCCCAGUGUGGGGGGCGGGGGACAGCGUCCCAGCACAGAGUGACCCCACACAGAGGCACAAGCAGGGCCUCGGGCCAGCGGGGCUGGGGGCACGUGGGAGGGUGUCUCUCCAGACCGCGGAGUGCGUCCCCUGAUGCUGCUAACGGCUGCACGAACCUGAGACUCGGAGAGCAGAGGCCACAUACGGAAGACCGCAUUCUCUGCACGUCCAUUUCUUCGAGAUGCUCAGCACAGGCAAAUCCGAAGAGGCAGGGAGCCAGCGAGCGGUGGCCAGGGCCCGCUGGGAAUGCGCUGGUGCGCGGGGGUGGCAGCCCAAGGGCGGGGGUGGGGGGUAGGGGGGGGGGUUCUUCCUGAGCCUGACUGGGGAUGGUUGCAGGACCUGGGAAUAUACCAGAAACACUUGCAGUGGAUGAAUUGGAUGGAAUGUGAAGCAUGUUCAAUAAAGCUGUUACAAAUUAAAAAGAGGAAAAAAGAAAAAAGUGUUUGAAAGAAAAACAAGACU